AUGGCCACGCUCCUCUCACCGGAUACGCUCGAGGGCAAAUUGCUGUUUGCCAUUCCCAAGAAGGGAAGGCUGUACGAAAAGUGUUUGGAAUUGUUGUCGGGUGCGGAUAUACAAUUCAAGAGGGCGCAUAGACUGGAUGUAGCCCUAGUGCAGAAUCAUCCCAUGGCUCUGUGAGUGUUGUGUGAACAAGGUGUAGCAGAGAGGGGACGGCGGCGGUAGUCUGGUCGCCAUACAGCGAGGCAAGACGUGUAGCGAGGGAGCACGGAAGCACCAAGAUGUUUUGGCCUCUUGCGCUGUGAUUGCUGCUGAUCAUCAUCCCCGCCCUACCUGAUGCAAUGCAGCGUCUUUCUGCCCGCAGCCGAUAUUCCGAGGUUUGUAGCAGAGGGCAAUGUGGACCUGGGCAUCACGGGUCAAGACAUGGUGGCCGAAGCAUCGCUCAACUCUAGCAUCACCGAAGAGUUGGAAUUGGGAUUCGGCAAAUGCGCGCUUCAAGUGCAAGUUCCAGAAAGCAGCGCUUACAAAGCUCCGAGGGAUCUGGUUGGUAGAAAGAUCGCUACGAGUUUCGAUCGAUUGGCUGGCAAGUACUUCGAAGAGCUGGAGAGUCAAGAGGGCUCUCAAGUUGGAGACAAAAAGACUGCCAUCGAGUAUGUUGGUGGAAGUGUAGAGGCUGCUUGCGCUCUCGGAUUGGCCGACGGUAUCGGUGAGUGGAAGAUGGAUGCUGGCCGCGCGAUGGUUGAUGCUGAUGUUCAGCAUACACUCUCAUCUGCUCAGUGGAUCUGGUCGAGUCGGGAGAGACAAUGCGGGCUUGCGGUCUGCACGCCAUUGCCACACUUUUGCAAUCCCAAGCCGUGCUCAUCCGGCCCACCACGCCGCACGCGCGAGCCAACGUCUCGCUCAUCAAGCUGGUCACGAAUCGCAUCAAGGGAGUCAUUGCAGCUAGCAAGUACGUCUUGGUAGAGUACAACAUCGAAAAAGCUUCUCUGGACGGCGCUCUAACCGUCACGCCCGGAAGAAGAGCUGCGACGGUCAGUCCGCUCGACGAUGAAGGCUGGAACGCGGUCAGCGCAAUGGUGCUCAAGAGCGAAAGCGCCAACAUCAUGGUGAGUGCGUCUUUCAAGCACGUAGUAUUGGCGCUAACGAUGACCUCUCUCGCUUUCAGGACCGCCUGGAAGAACUAGGAGCGGUGGACAUCUUCGUCGUGCAGCUGAGCAAUUGCAGAAUAUGA